GUAUGUACAUAAUGUUGAUCAAAAAUGAUUCACGCAGUUACAAAUUACGAAUCUUGUGUACAUUAUAAUCAUAAUCUUAUGCAUCAUCAAUAUAUUAUUAUUAUCUCUGAUAGAUUUUUUUUAACAUACAACCUGACACUGACUUGCAAUCAAUGUAAGAAAAUUUGAAUUUCGCAGUUCCACAUUUUUGGGAAGGAUCAAAUUUGCCUAUGAAAAUAUAUCCCAUUAAAACACAAUUAUUAUGAUAAAUUAUUUUAUUUCCAUAGUAUGCGUAAUAAAUAACUAAAAAGUCCUAAAAUUAUUAUUAAUUUCCCAUAUUUCGGGUAAUUUUCCCACGUAAAUAACUGAGAACACUGGUCUUUGACGUAUUAUUUUUUCGAGUGAAUGACGUUUGAUUUCAAUUAAUUUCAAUAUUUUAAUGUCUGGAAAUAAGUGAUUGGAUUAUUAUUUUGCCUGUGAAAUGUGAUUCCUUAAUUUUUGUUUGUUCGAACAGAACGGUUUUUACACAAUUUCAUCACACAAGACAUGUCGUAUUCGUGUUGUUUUUUCGCUGCUUAAAUGUGUCAACUGUGUGAAGUUUGCACUCGAAGUGGUGUAUCAGGGUGUCAAUGUGUGCGUGCCGGCCUGUACGUACCAGUGGGUAGACACUUCUCAUACAAAAACUAGUCUCUAUAUGUAGCAAUUGAUAUACAACCUUAUCCCUUAAGCAAUAAAGUGCAUUUUGGAUUGAUUUCACUAUAGCAGGGGAACCCGCGGAUCAAUACCACCAUACUAAAAAUAAUUGUUAGUGUCCUUAUGUUGGUAGUAUUGUUAGUUUGACAAAUGAAAAAAAAUGUCUGUCAAUUGAGUUUGAGUUUUUAACCGGCGAAUUGAUUCGUGUGAAGUUAUUUUCUCAGAUUUGGUGCAAUAUUACUGUAAAUAAACUUUUCUGUCGUUUACGUUGAGUUGAUUAAGUUCCUCCGUAUCGGGCGUGAUAAAGUUUUCUGUUCAGUGUUAUGUUUUUUGUGAGAUAGAGACUCUUUUAAAUAAGCUGUGUUUCAACUUCUACAGAAGUUUAAACUCUUAUUUACUUUUCUGUUUAAUGGGUAUGUUAUCUACUUACUUGAAAUAUUACAUCUAUUACAAAUCUAUUUUUCAUUAAAAACAACCCUAUGUGAUGAAAAUGUAAAUGUACUUUCAAAACUGGUAAAUGCAUGAACCAGGGCAUUGACACUGGUUGGAGAGAAAUUAUAGGCUUUGUUUAAUUAAUACCUAUUUCAUUUUAGGCUUCUACUGAUAAUGGAGAGUAGAAACAACAAGAAGUGCGUUAUUUGUAAUAAGAGGCGAAGUCGUGGUGGAUCACCCUUACUUUUGAGUAGGUUUCCUCUGGAUUCUGACCGUUGUCGAAUGUGGGUUAAAAAUGCUGGCUUAGAAGACUUAGCAUAUGUACCUAUUGAAAAGUUACACCAACUGAAGUUUGUUUGUGGUGGGCACUUCACUCCUGAAUCCUUCAAUGCCAAAGGAACUCGGCUGAAGAACUCAGCUAUUCCAACACUGGAAUUGAGCAAUCCCAUCUUGCCAGAUGAAGUUUUGACAGAGUUUCCUCUUCAUGUAAAAGACUCCAAUAAAGAAAACCUCAAGACAGUUCUUUAUGAUCAUUCAUAUUGCAUUCCAAAGAAGUCAAAUCCAGUUGAACGAGUUCCCCUUACAACUACAACCAAACAACUAAAUUCAACAUGUUUGGGAGCUGUGGAUAUACCAGAUUCUGGUAUUUCUGCGAAAACAACUUUUGAACCUCUUCCUUCUACUUCCAAUGCACCAGAACAUAUGACCUAUAAACCCAUUACUCAUGAUGAUAAAAACAUUUGCCAUCAAGAUGCACAGGCAGAAAUAUUAGUCCACAGUUAUAAAAGACCUAAGAAAAACAUUGAAAUGAAAGACACUUCAUCAACAUUUACAAUUAAAGAGAAGAGGCUUUGGCGACAGUUACAAAAUGCAAAAAAAACAAUAAGGAAUAUAGCGAAGUCAAGAGUGAAUUUAGACAAGUUAGAUUCGGAAGUGCUGACAUCGUUAGUAAAGGAUGUAGUGCAGAAUAACAAAAAAAAGUCACAAGGAAAAAGGUGGACUUUAUACCUCUAA